CUCCGGUGAUACAGGUAUUCCGUUCUCAUCCUUCGUCCUCGCCAGAUCGUGUUGCGCGUUGUCAUCGUCGUCCUCCGUUUGCUGUUGUGGCCGUAAAAUCAACCUCGUGCGCGUGUUUCAACCGUGAGUUUGAACCGAAACAUCCGCAGGAGUGUACAUCUGGAAUAAAACCCGUAAUUUUAAUCCGAGAAAACGAAGGUGUUUAGUGUUGGCUCGAUCGUGAUUGCAAGUGAUUUAAGAUCGCUACUGAGCUGAGCAGUGGGCAGUGAUCGCUGGAACGAAACCGUGUGAUUCCAGUUAAAGUUUCAUCAAGUGCAUUCACCGUAUUUGGGGUGCCAAACGGGAAGUGGUUUUCCUUGUGGCAAUCGUCUAACGUAACGGCCUCACUAUUUUUCUAAACAAUUACAACAGCAGCAACAGGAUGCCGGGACGUCCGCUGUGGCAGGUCGCUGGAAAGCGCGACAAGGACCAGGAGCGCGAAGCACAGCACUGGAUCGAAACGCUGCUCGGCGAGAAAUUCCCCGUGGGUUUCUCGUACGAGGACUGCCUCCGAGAUGGCAUCAUGCUCUGUCGGCUGAUGAACCGUCUCUCGCCCGGAAUCGUGCCGAAAAUCAACACCAACGGUGGCGACUACAAGAUGAUGGACAACAUCAGCCAAUUCCAGAAGGCCUGCAUCAAAUACGGCGUAGCCGAUGUGGAUCUGUUCCAGACGACCGACUUGUGGGACAAGAAGAACAUCGCCCUCGUUACGACCACCAUUUUCGCUGUGGGAAGAACGUGCUAUCGCCACCCGGAGUUCCGCGGUCCGUAUCUCGGACCGCGUCCGUCCGAGGAGAAUCGCCGUGAGUUCACCGAGGAACAGCUGCGCGCCGGCGAGGGACUCAUCGGACUGCAGGCCGGCUCGAACAAGGGGGCAACCCAGGCCGGACUCAACUUCGGAGCCACCAGAAAGAUUUUACUCGGAAAGUGAUAUCCGCAAUGGGCAGAGAUAUCCGCUCGAAUUAAUUAACACUAAUUUAUUGCGUUUCAUACUCGAUGUUGAGUUUACAUUGAGAGUAGACAAGUAUCUGUCUUCUCAUGCUAAUCAUUGGAUGUUAUUUGUUAAUUAUUAGAUGUUCGAUCGUAAUUUGUUCGAGAAAAAGAAAAUAAAUGAAAGUAAUUCGUUUGACCUUUUUCUAACGACGACCGUUCUUUGGUAGUAUUUUUUCCAUAUUGAUAUUGUAUACGAUGAUAAAUAAAUAUAAUACCCAUUAGA